CUACGAGCAGACAUGGCACCUCGUAAGGGAAAGGAAAAGAAGGAAGAGCAGGUCAUCAGCCUUGGACCUCAGGUGGCAGAAGGAGAGAAUGUCUUUGGUGUCUGCCACAUUUUUGCAUCCUUCAAUGACACUUUUGUUCAUGUCACCGAUCUUUCUGGCAAGGAAACCAUCUGCCGUGUGACUGGCGGUAUGAAGGCGAAGGCUGACCGAGACGAAUCCUCACCAUAUGCGGUCAUGUUGGCUGCUCAGGAUGUGGCACAGAGGUGCAAGGAGCUGGGCAUCUCUGCUUUACACAUUCAACUUUGCGCUAAAGGAGGAAAUCGAACCAAGACCCCUGGACCUGGGGCCCAGUCUGCCCUCAGAGCCCUUGCCCGUUCAGGAAUGAAGAUUGGACGGAUUGAGAAUAUUAUAGAAUAUAGCCCGGAAAAUAAAAGUGGGGAGGACUACUACUCCUGA